GGAUGAUUGACACUCGGCGUUGUGAAGAGGACAGUGCGGUAACCGAACGGGGUAGAAGUGCGGGUCCUGGGACAUGGAUGUGGCAGUGGGGCAGCGGUAGCGCCGCGUUUCCCGUCAGUAAUCUGGACCUGUGCCCUCCUGAAUACUCUACUCCAUGGACACAAAUAAUGAGUCUGCGAAGGACCGGAUACCCAGGGUCGAUGCUUAUGGAUUUGAAAGACCAGACGGAUUUGAUUAUGUUUCUUAUGAAGAUUUUUAUUCCCGAUACAUGACGGUCCUUACAAGAAGAGCUAUAAAAUGGUCUAAAAUGAUGCAAAAGUCCACAGCAGUAGAGAAGAGCAUCAAAGUGAAGAGAUAUAUUAGAAAGGGCAUUCCUAAUGAACAUCGCGCCCAUGUGUGGAUGAUGGUGAGUGGAGCACAGGCCCAGAUGGAGUCCAAGCCAGGAUAUUAUCUCAGUGUAUUAGUGGAAGGACAGAAAAAUCCAAAGCUUGUGGAUUCAGUUGUCACAGAUCUGAACAGAACUUUUCCUGACAAUGUGAAGUUCCGUAAAAAUGCAAGUCCAUGUUUACAGCAGACUUUACACAAUGUUUUAGUGGCUUACGGUCAACAUAAUAAAAGCGUGGGCUAUUGCCAGGGUAUGAAUUUUAUCACUGGGAUACUCAUUCUUGUUACUAAAGAUGAGGAGAAGGCCUUUUGGCUCCUAGAUUCUCUUAUUGGACGCAUUUUGCCUGACUAUUACAGCCCUGCAAUGAUGGGUCUUAAAACUGACCAGGAAGUGCUUGGGUAUCUGGUGAAGAUGAAGAUCCCAGCUGUAGCAGAAUUAAUAGACAGGCAUGAUUUGAUGUGGACACUUUUGGUUUCCCGGUGGUUUAUUUGUCUUUAUAUUGAUAUCCUUCCAAUCGAGACUGUAUUGCGCAUCUGGGACUGUUUAUUCUAUGAAGGAUCAAAAAUCCUUUUUCGAGUGGCCUUAACACUAAUAAAGCAACACCAAGCUCACAUUUUGGAAGCCAAAAAUUUUCCAGAUGUGUGUGACAAGUUUAAAGACAUAACAAAAGGGGCGUUUGUUACGGAAUGUCAUCUCUUCAUGCAGAAAAUCUUCACCGAACCUGGAAGUUUGUCAAGAAGUACAAUUAUUAAAUUAAGAGAACUCUGUCGCGCACAGUUACUCACUCAGGAAUAAUGGAAAACUGACAGCAAUGACUGACACAUUCCUUCAAAGUAAUAAUUGCACUGAAUAACCUGUUGAUGUCUGGCACAGCAUAUUGUUACAGAGUAUGUUGAAGUCUAGGCUGUGAAUGGUUAGAGGAGAUUUACCACCAAAAUGUAAAAAUGUAUUUAUUAUCAUAUAUUAGUGAAUCAGAAGUUAGAGCAGCAGCCAAAGUGUAUUUAUUCAGUUUCUUUUACUUACAGAUACACUGACGCUUUUGUAUACAAUUGUACCUUUUCUAUUAUUUUCUGAAAGUCAUCACAGCACAUGCAGCUAUAUUGGUUGUCACUUUUGAAUAUGCUUCCUAGAAACCAACAGCAAAUGUAUACAGUUGAAACUCUAAAAAUUAGAAUAUUGUGCAAAAGUCCAUUUAUUUCAGUAAUGCAACUUAAAAGGAAAUGCAUUAAUGCAGCUUAAAAUUAGAUUUUUUUUUUUGAAAAGGUUCAAUAUUCUAGGC